UGACCAAUUGACCAGUUCCUAGGUCUCCAAAAAUGGAACGGCAUAAUAGUGCCAAGGGUCGGAAAUCCAAAACGCUGCGCUCCAUUUCCCGGUCACUCAUCCUGUGCAACGGCAAGACCAGCGAUGAUGGCUCAAGCCCUGAUGACAAAUACUCAAACCCCUUUGAGAGCCAAGCCAGCUGGAGUCAGAAAGAACCAUGCCCUCAACUUCAGUUUGCGUGCCCCUCACCCAGCAAGGGUGCCACUUCCAGUCCUCUUACGAUUGCCAGCGUGGUGCAGCUGAGGACCACGGCCAGCGACAGCUGUAAGAAUAUGAAAAGGAAGUUCUUCAUCAAGGACAGCUGCAUUUGGAAGCUCUGCAUUGCUACUGGGAAUGAGGGGCUGGGAAUUCAAGUCUGCAGGACUUCCAAUGGCUCUGCUUUUGGUAAAGAAUUUAUGGUCAGCCACGUGAUUGACGGGGGAGCUGCUCAGAGGGAUGGUCGCUUAAGCCCUGGUGAUGAGCUCUUAACAGUCAAUGGGCAAUCUCUUAAAGAGCUCUCCAGCAAAGAGGCUGAAUCACUCAUCCAGUCAGCCAGAGGCUUGGUCAAUUUAGUGAUUGCUAAUAAGGAAUCCUCCAGUUGUCCUCAUAAGGAGCAGCCUACUAACCAUGACCUGCCAAAUGGGUCCGUUCUGCAGACAAAAGCCAAAUGUCAGAGGACUCGCAGUAAUUCAGCCAGUGCUAGUCCAUACUGGAUAGGAGAUAUUGAUAGUUAUAUGGUAAAGAAAUCAGCCUCUCGGUACAGACAGUCCCUUUAUAGCAACAGAAAGUCAUUCUCUCAACAGCUGGAGAAUGCAGCAGGAAAAGCAGCUGUAAAGCCCCUUUCCAGAUCAUCUCGCUCACUAAGUACCGCGCAGCUGAUGCCCACGUCUUCAGGUUUACAGGCCUCUAUGAUCUCCAAUAUUGUUUUAAUGAAGGGUCAAGGGAAGGGACUGGGCUUCAGCAUUGUGGGUGGUCAAGACAGCAUUUAUGGUCCCAUUGGCAUCUAUGUGAAGACAAUUUUUCCUGGGGGAGCGGCUGCUGCAGAUGGAAGGUUACAAGAAGGAGAUGAAAUCCUAGAACUGAAUGGAGAAUCGAUGCAUGGACUCACACACCAUGAAGCCUUGCAGAAAUUUAAGGCCAAAAAAGGUCUCCUUACACUCACAGUUCGAACGAGUUUCAGCACCCCAUCUUCUGCCACUAGCUAUUUAUCGUCCCACCUUUGUCGUUCACUAAGUACCAACAUGUGCAUCACCAAGGAGCACAGUUCCUUUGGGUCAGAAAGUACAGCCUUUCCUCUGAAUACCAUGAACCCCAAUGACAGGAUCAUGAUGGAAGUUUCCUUAAAUAAAGAGGCUGGUGUGGGCUUAGGCAUUGGCUUGUGCAACAUCCCUUAUUCCCGGUGCAUUUCAGGAAUAUUCAUCCACACUCUUUCUCCUGGCUCAGUUGCUCAUCUGGAUGGGAGGCUCAGAGGUGGAGAUGAAAUAGUAGAAAUCAAUGAGGCAUCAGUUCAAACAAUGACCCUUAGUGAAGUUCAUGCUGUUUUAAGCCACUGCAAUCCUGGCAUUGUGCAAAUUAUCAUUAGCAGGCAUCCUGAUCCACAGGUUUCUGAACAGCAACUAAAGGAUGCUGUUUCCAAUGCCAUGGAAAACAACAAGUUUGAAAGAGAGAAGUUCCACUGGAAUGCAGAAGGUGGCAGUUGGCUUAAGAAAGCUCCCUGUGAAAAAUACUCGGAGAAGAAUGAUGCUCACCUUAGCCAUCAUUCUCAAAAGCCAAUGAUCCGUUCCAGCAGUGAUAGCAGUUACAACCCCAGGUCAUCUUGUGGAAAUAGCCUGCUUUAUCAGUUGACUGAUUGCCAAGGCAAAGAACACCAUCUUGAUGUAGCAAUUACCCAACCACGAGGCUCCCUGCAUUCAUUUCCCAAAACAAGUUUAGGAAAUGAGUCCUCCCCAUCAGUAUCUCAAGAAGUCAGUCCCCUUUCACCAAAUACUAUAAAAAAGUGCACAGAGAUCCUGGUUAGAAAACCCAGGUCAUUCAAACCCAAACCUCCACCAAGGAAGUAUUUCAAACAGGAUUGUCCUGACAAUGAGCAAAUAAUCAGAGAGAUGAAAGAGAGACCUGCCCUGCGUGAGGGCGAAAUCCCACCAUCUUCAAACACUCAGGAAGUUGGGGACCUGCUGCGGCUGAGAAAUAAGACGGUUGUAACUCACGGUACAUUGGCAAGUUCUUCAGCUCCACGAGCUGCAGAACAGCUGAAGGUGUCCUUAGGAGCUGCAGAUCACGAAAAGAAAAACAACAAAGGGAAGACAGUCUCAUCAGCUACAAGGCCUGCGCUCAGAAGACAAGCGAGGGUGGAUUAUAGCCUUGAGACAACAACUGAAGAUCCUUGGGUGAGAAUUUCUGACUGCAUCAAAAGCUUAUUUAACCCCAGCAUGGCUGAAGAAAGCUGCACCUUAAACGUGCAUCAUGGCAUCAAAAACAAAAAUGGCGAUCCAGCCUUGCAUAGCUCAGGAACAGUCCUGCAGCCCUCAGACACAGAGGACAGUGAUCCCAAAGUUUCUUCUUUGUCAGAGGAAGGUGACUUUGUGAAGAAAGGUCCACCGGUAGCACCAAAACCAGCUUGGUUUCGUCAGAGCCUCAAGGGAUUAAAGAAAGGAAAUUCAGACAGGACAUCUCUCAGAAACAGCAGCACUGACCAUCAGAGCAUGUCUGACAAUGAAGUGGGCUCCAUUUGCAAGGUCAUCCGGACAUCUCCUAGAGGAUCAUCAAUAAAGCAAAGAAUAAGCUCCUUUGAAAAUUUGGGCACUCCUCAGUCUCCUGAGAAGGGAACUAGAAAGCUGAGUCCAAAGCUGUCAGUUCAAAAAAACCAAGCUUCUAGUAGGCAGGAUUCCAAAUCUGCUACAUUUGAUCCUAACCAAGCAUCCACCAGUAACAUUGACAAUCAAGGUUCUGAAAGCACUCACCUUCCAUCAUCUCUAGAACAAAGUCAAGUCAAGUCGUCGUCUUCCUCUGCAGAUCAAUGUGCUCCGAUUCCAAAGAUGAGCAACAGCACCCCCACUGACUCAUCUUUGAAUUUUCCAGACUCACAAAAUACAGAGUCCAACCCACAAGUCACAAAAGCACAGAGUCAACGAGCACGGAGCUUUCCACUCACUUCAUCUCAGACAUGUGAGAUGCUGAAAACCAGCGCUGAGGGAGAAAAAUAUAGCAAAAUCUAUUCCAUUAGCAACCACUUCUUGUCAGCUUUGAUGAAAUCCUUAGAUGCCUUUCCUCAGUCUCCUCUGUGUUCCAGGAAGAGCCCUGGAAACUCACAGGAUGGGAUUUCUGAAUCCUGCACAGAAGAAAACAGGAUUGCUCUCUCACAAGCAAGAGAAGUUCAGUCUAUGGACACUGGCUUUUCUCUUAACCUUUCUGAGUUGAGAGACUACGGAGCAAAUCACCCAGACAAAGAGAAAAAGGAACAUAAGAAGAAAGGCUGCUCCUCUCCAACCCUGGGUACCUCUGGGCAAGCUGUCAUAUCUCUUCUCACUCCUGAAGAACUGGAGAAGCUUCUGGAGGAGGUGAAAUCUUUGGAUGAAGCAACACUAAAGCAACUCAGUGACAUUCAUGUGACGAUUCUCCAUAAAGAAGAAGGGACCGGCCUUGGGUUCAGUUUGGCUGGUGGGAUAGACCUUGAAAACAAAGCUGUUGUUGUUCACAGAGUCUUCCCCAAUGGCCUGGCAUCUCAGGAAGGAACUAUACAGAAAGGCGAUGAAGUCUUAUCGAUCAAUGGAAAGUCUCUCAAGGGUGCCACUCACAGUGAAGCACUGGAGAUCUUGCGAAAAGCACGUCAUCUCAGCCUGGCAGUGAUUGUCACACGAAAACCUAAAGACGGAGAAUGGAGCACCCAUGGCUCGCUUGAGUCGUCGGCAUCAACAGGAAGCGAAACUUCAACAGAUUCCACACCAGAAGAGCUGGUCUUCACUGUCACACUGGAGAAGACAUCUGCGGGUUUAGGUUUCAGUCUGGAAGGAGGAAAAGGCUCCAUUCAUGGAGAUAAGCCAAUCACCAUCAGUCGGCUUUUUAAAGGCAUGGCAUCGGGACAUAACCCCCCUGUUCAGCCUGGAGAUGAGUUGCUCCAAGUGCACACACAUCUGAUGCAAGGACUCACCCGCUUUGAAGCUUGGAAUAUCAUACGGACCCUGCCAGAUGGGUUUAUUACUGCCAUCGUCAGGAGGAAAAAUUCAGUUACUGGAACAGCUUCCUCUCUCCAUGGAGAGGAAUAGAGGUGAUGAGGAUCAUAAUGCUCGAAGAGAUACGGAACUCCUGUGCCCCAAACUAGGGACCAAUGCCUUUCCUUUAUCACCUAUUGCUGCAGCUGAUUCAACUGCCCACAUUCUUUACAAGCAAAGGGAAUGUCGAGAAAGGCUGAGAAAAGAAGCCUAUGUAAACAGCUUGCUUGUUUGUGUUCCCAGUAUUAGUAAAGAUACCAUGAUGAGCUUUGCCCCAGUUAAUAAAGAUCUCGCCAAAACCAGAAGGGCAAAGCCCUGAAAGAAACUCUGAUGGCAGAGCAGAUAGUGGGAUUAAUUAACUGGGCCCUGAUUGCUUAACAAGCAUUGAAGCAAUUACAGGAGCUCAGCAUGUGGAAAUCCAUUUUAGGACACGUGGCUUCCAUUGAUGGAACCUGGAGAGUGUAUCUUGGACAUGAGGCCUUAGUGAACUCUCCUUGGAUUACAGCAUGUGGGAAAAGUGCAUGCACAUUUCCAUCUCUGGGAAAGCACAGCUCUAUCACUUUGGACUGGCUAUGGAUUGUCCAUUGCUUGAUCAGGAAGGCCUGAUUUAACCACAUUUUUACCCGUUCCUCCAAUAAAGUAUUGUUCUUUUAAUC